GCAAAAAAUUGCGUUUAGAUUUCCCUUAAAAACUUGAUUUUUCUCGUAUUAUUUAAUUUUCGUGUCUCGUGGUAGUUGUCUCAAACACACCUCUAAAAAUUGGUGAGCCAAUGCCCGUGAAGGUUGAACCACCCCCACCGGCCAACUCGAAGCAAUUGGGUGUUCCAAAUGUAACCCUACUUUACAAUGGAAGUCGCUUCAAGGGUUCCCAGAAGUCUAAGGGCAAUUCCUACGACGUGGAGGUCGUGCUGCAGCACGUCGACGAGGAGAAUUCCUACCUGUGCGGAUAUCUCAAGAUCACUGGACUCACGUUCGAGUUCCCCACGCUGACAACCUUCUUCGAUGGCGAGAUCAUCUCGAAGAAGUACCCAUUCUUGACCAGGAAGUGGGACGCUGACGAGGACGUCGACAGGAAGCACUGGAGCAAAUUCUCGACAUUCGCCGAAUUCUACUCAAAGACCUUCAAUUCGGACAACUUUGACUAUGAGAAUUUGGCAAAUAGUGACUUUGUAUUUAUGCGAUGGAAGGAGCACUUCUUAGUACCUGAUCACACGAUAAAGGAUAUAAACGGAGCGUCGUUCGCUGGCUUCUACUACAUUUGCUUUCAGAAGUCGAAAGCCACGAUGGAAGGCUACUAUUAUCACAGAUCGUCGGAAUGGUUUCAGUCGCUGCAUCUCGAACACGUUCCCGACAAGUGUAUCCAAAUCUAUGAGUUUAGAUAAAAUGCCAGCGAAGCGCCGGAGAGAAGAAAAGAAAAGAAAAAAGGGGAGAAAAAACACCUCCAAAAGUUUCACAAACAAACAAACAAGAAAAAUAUCCUGAUCAGAAACGAAUUAAUUGUAACACUUCGUCUUCUAUAUAUAUUUUUUAAUUUUAUUAAGACUAUAUAAUUUUGGUGUCUUUUUUUUUGAUGUUUUAAUUAACUUCUGCUGUCAUGAGUUUAACUUUUAUCAAAUUAAAAUGCAACUUUAUUUUGUACGUAAAACUAUCAAGAGAAAAGGCAAAAAGAAAGAAAAUGAAAGGAUUUUUACAAAAGGAGAUUCUGUGUAGAGAAAUUUCUACUUUGAUAAAUUGUGUAUCAAGAAGAAAGGAAGGAAAAUGUUGAGGAGGGAAUAAUUCUUGAAGAAAUGAUGAUGUUACAAGUGAGAUGUUGAAGCUAUUUAUUUGACCCAACAAUUCAUCCAAUUGACGCUGUUUUUCUCUUCAAUUUCUGCCGUGUCUUUCUGACUCAAUAAUUUCUGUUCCUCAAAACAUAUCACAAAGACACGCCUCUUUCUGUAAAAAAAAAAUUAAUUAAGCGCCACUUUGACCGCGAAAUCAUUGAGGACCACACCUCGACUGUUGAGUGAGUGUGUGUGAAAUUAUUUAAUUUAGCCACGCUUUAAAAUCCUCCUUCCGGAAAUAAUGCCGCGGAAGCACGAAAAGGGAAAGCAGAAAGUGACAAGAAUGCGUAAUAAUUGCAAAAUACACAUUAUUGUGGGUGUUUUUGUGAAGAAAUUCACUUGUAUUUAUUGGCCUAGAGGAGCAGAAUCGCCGUCUUAGUGGUGCAAAAAUGCCUCCUUAGCAAGGAUGAGAUUAUACAAGUUUCCUUUUGCCUCACAGCAUGCAAUCAAUCGUUACCAAGAAGUUUUGAUGAUGUUGAUGGAAAAAAUAGGGCAGAAAAGCAUUCAUUUCAGCGCACAUUUCAACAACAACAAAAAAAAUAUUGUAAAAGGAAGAAAGAAAUUUAAAAAUAACACUUAAAUUAAACUAUGGCGCGAUUUUUUCAGUGCGACAUUUCUGUGUUUUGCUAAUCAUAGCGAGAAAAAAAAAACAAGCAAAAAGGUAGAGAAAAAAAAAACAAGUUAUCAUCAUUCAAGUCUAAUUGUAGAAAAAUUGAGGAACUUUGGUGAAGAGAUAAGGAAAUAACAAUGAAACGAAAUAAAAAUAUUUGAGAGUGAAAAGCAAUUGAUUAAGAGAGAAGAAAAAAAAAGAAUUCUAGAAUCGCAUCUUCACCAAAAGACAAUAAGAAAAAUUAUUAAGUGUGUAAUCAAUAUACGAUUUUACUGAGAAUAUUUUCUCUAUUUUUUUUUAUCUUAGACAAACAAAAAAUGUGUCCUUUUUUUUUGUUCUUCAUUUUAUUCCGUUUGUUCGUCGCGCACACACAGAAAAAAAGAGAAACUCAAAAUGAUGCAUAAUUUCGACUAAGUUAGAAAGAACAGAAAACUUUGUUCAUGAAAGUAAAAAUAAUAAUAAAAAAAAAUGAUAUUAUACAUAAAUUAUAAAUUGAGAUAACAAGAGAAUAAA